AUGUCGCUUUCAAUCAUCGUAACCAUUGCGCUUUCCGCGUCCACCUUUGCCAUUCCUCAAUUCAGGCACCCUUCUCCCCCUGCUGGGCUUGCUAUUCCUCCGAGAGGUUCACGCACGUGCGAUAUUUCUACCGCAAAGCUCGUCCUUCCUGCUGGCCAAACCGCACUUUCGACUCCUGCCGUUGCACCUUCCACGAUCGUUCUCGGGGUUGGAGUUCAAAACUACACCUGUUCAGCAGCUGGCACAUACACGGCGGCUGGUGCUGUUGCAGAUCUUUACGAUCUCUCUUGCAUCUCGAAAAUACCCGCAGCGUUCAACGCCGUCCAGGACGUUGUGUACAGCGCGUGGACGCUUGCCCCUCCGAGUCUGAAGACCCUCGGCCCUCUCGUCGCCGGAUAUCCCAUGCUUGGAUCGCACUUCUUUAUCACCUCUCCUUCUGGGACUGGCAUCAGCCCGGUGUGGGACUACCGAGCGAUGAGCGCGAAGGGGAACACGAACGCGUUCGUUCUGGCGGCGAAAGUCGGAAACAUCCCAGCUCCCACGGGUGCGAAAGAUGUUGACUGGCUUGAGCUCAAGUCGGUCUCAGGAGAUUUGGCAACACAGAUUUACCGCACGGAUACCCGAGGAGGACCUCCCCCUGCCUCUUGCUCGCCUGGAUCAGCUCCAAUUUCAGUCAAAUAUGUUUCGAAGUAUUGGCUAUACGGGGGGAAUGUGAAGAUUUAA